CGACCUUUGGACUUAAAAAUGUUUAAAAAGACCUGCCAAUAAAGCCAGUCUCGCCUGAAUGAUCUUCGCUUAAAAAGGGAAAUGACUUUCCAACUGAAAUCUAAGGAUGAGGAGAGCCUUUUGAUAAAACCGGAAAACGUCAUCAAUUAUGGGGCAUUACCUAGGUUCAGUUCUACCAAACGUGAAAAACCUAUAACAGGGAUUCGAGGAUUGUUUCGGUAUGCAACGAACAGAGAUUAUAUUUACCUAAUAUUUGGAACGUUAUUUGCUUUCAUUCAAGGAGCAAGUGUUCCAUGUUUAGGAUAUGUAUUUGGCAUUAUGUCUGACACAUUUUUAGAAAAAUCUGUAAAUACACAGAUAGAUGACAUUUUAGAUAAUUUGUACAGUAAAAUAAACCAUAAUAGAUCUUUCCAUAGUUCUGCACUAAAAAGCUAUGUUAAUGAAAUGAAUAUCAGUGAAAAAGAUGGAUUUAUGAAGAGUGUAAUUAUAUUUUGCACCAUUUAUAUUUUCCUAGGAACAAUUUCUUUUCUAAGCACUUUCUUUCAGGUCUUUCUUUUUGAAAAAGUUGCUGAUAGACAGCUUUUCAGAUUAAGGAAAAACUUUUUCUCACAAGUCCUAAGGCAAAAUAUUGAUUGGUUUGAAAGUUCAAAUCAUGGAGACUUUACAUCAAAUAUUUCUGAUGAUAUAGAAAGAAUACGAGAUGGAAUUGGUUACAAAUUAAGCAUGAUCAUUGUUUACGUUUCUAUAUUUGUAAGUGGGUGUAUUCUGAGCUUGCUUUUAAAUUGGAAAUUAACUUGUGUCAUAUUGGCAUUGGCACCAUUAAUUAUCAUUUCAUCAGGAUAUAUGGCCAGGUUCUUGUCUACCGGUGCGGUAAGAGAACAGCUUAGGUACUCUGAUGCUGGGAGUGUUGCUGAGGAAGUGUUUACGUGCCUUAAAACAGUUAUUUCUUUUGGCACUAUCGAAUUUGAAGCUAAGAGGUAUGAAAAAGCUCUCGAAGAAGGAAGGAGAGUUUCAUUGAAAAAAUAUUAUUUGCUAGCUUCAUUUGUAUUAUUCUUUUAUAUUAUCAUGCAUUCAUCAUAUGGGUUUGGAUUUUGGUAUGGGUCAGUGUUAAUUUCAACAAAUGAAGCAACAAUAGGAGAAGUGUUUGGUGUAUUAUUUUGUAUGCUAAGUUCUGCAUUUUCAUUUGGGAGCAUCCUUCCAUAUAUAAACUCUGUUUUAUUAGCCAAAGGUUCUGGAGAAAUAAUACAAGAAAUAAUUAACCGGGUACCUCCAAUUGAUCCUUUGUCUACAUACGGGAUCAAACCGGUUAAAUUCAGUGGGAAACUUUCAUUUGAAAAGGUCUGUUUUAGAUAUUCAACAAGGCAAACAGUUCAGGUUUUAAAUAGAAUAAACCUUGAAAUAAAUCCUGGAAAAAUUGUAGCGAUUGUAGGAGAAAGUGGAUCUGGUAAAAGCACUAUUGUCAAUCUUUUACUUAGAUAUUAUGAUGCGACAGAAGGCCGAAUUACAUUCGAUGGUAUUGAUAUACGAGAUAUAAACAUAAAAUGGUUGCGAAGUAAAAUUGGAGUUGUUUCCCAAGAACCAGUCUUGUUUGGAGUAUCAAUUGAAGACAAUAUACGCUACGGUAGAAAAGAAGUCACCAAGGAGGAAAUAAUCUCAGCAGCAAAGCUAGCAAAUGCUCACUCAUUUAUAAAAAAAUUACCACAGGGUUACCAUACAAUGGUAGGAGAACGAGGAGCCCAGCUUUCAGGUGGGCAAAAACAGAGAAUAGCGAUUGCAAGGGCACUCAUUAGAGAUCCAACUUUUCUGCUGUUAGAUGAAGCAACGUCCGCUUUGGACUCAGAAAGUGAAAGUGUUGUUCAUGAAGCUCUGAACAAGGCAAUGGAAGGGAGGACAACUUUAAUCAUAGCACAUAGAUUGUCCACAAUUAGAAAUGCUAAUAAGAUAUACGUUAUGAAUAAAGGUGAAAUCAUGGAAAGCGGAACUCACUCUGAGCUUAUGGAGCUUAAAGGUGCUUACUAUAAAUUUGUGUCUAUUCAAAGUAUUACCAAUGAAGAGAUACCACAACUUGAGGAUGUGAACUUAAUACAAAUGAACUCUCCUAAACAAAUAUCAACUGUUGAUGAUAGUCUGAAGACAGAUAGAAAUACAAAGGAUAUUAGCAUGACUCAAUGUUUCCUUCGUCUUGGGCUCCUUAAUCUUCCUGAAUGGAAUUGGCUUCUUCUUGGAUUUUUUGCCUGUUUUGUUCUGGGCUCAACACCGUGUGCAUUUGCUUUCCUUUAUUCUGAGAUGGUGAUGGUAUUUAAUUUAACCGGAGAUGAAUUGACUGAAACAAUUUUAUUCUGGUCAUUAAUGUUUGUCGCACUUGGAGUUUUUAGUGGACUCUUCUACUAUGCCAAGAUAAUUUCUAUGUCCACUGCUGCUGAAAAUCUUGUGGUGCGCCUUAGGAAUCUUUGUUUCAGAAACAUACUCAGACAAGAAAUGUCGUGGUUUGAUAAUGAAAACAACUCAUGUAGUGUUCUUUUGACUCAACUUUCAAGGGAUGCUCCUUACAUCAAAGCUGCCUCUGGAUUGAGAGUUGGUCAAUUAAUUACAGCUUUUGUCACAAUGGCAUGUGGUAUAGCAAUUUCACUUUUCUUUGGCUGGAAAAUGGGUUUACUGCUGAUAAUAAUAUCUCCAGCAUUAAUAUACUCUGGUUUCAAACAUAUGUCCCUUGUGCGGAAAUCACAGCUUGAGGAUUUGAAAGCUCUUGAUAAAGCAGGAAAAAUUACAGGAGAAUGCUUCAGAAACAUAAAAACGGUACAAGCUUUAGCCCAAGAGGAACUCUUCAUCAAUCGUUACAUCUCUUGCCUUGUAGAGCGUCUAAAGGAAGCAGGAAAAAAAGCAUUUUGGUUUUCUCUUACAUAUGCUUUUGCCCAAUCAACUAUUUUCAUAAUGUAUUCUGUAGCUUUUGGCUUUGGAGGAUAUUUAGUGAUCAGCAACCAAAUGGAUAUUAAUAAUGUUUUCAGGGUAUUUUUCUCCAUUACAUUUUGCGCAACUGCAAUUGGCCAAGGAAUUGCCACUUUGCAAGAUUUUUCAAAAGCAAAAAUAGCCGCUAUGUCAAUAUUCAAACUUAUAGAGAGAAAAUCUCUUAUUGACCCAUUGUCACUUGAAGGAAUUCGAAAGGAGAUUCAUGGCAAAAUAGAAUUCAGGAACAUUACAUUUAUUUACCCUAGUAGACCACAUGUGGUUAUCUUAAGUAAUUUCAAUCUUAAAAUUGAAGUAAAUCAAACAUUGGCUCUAGUUGGUACAUCAGGGUGUGGAAAGUCAACUGUAAUUAAUCUAUUAGAACAAUUUUAUUUACCUAUAGCAGGGAAAAUUCUUAUUGAUAACAUUGAUAUAAAAAAUAUGAAUACGGAAUUUUUAAGAAGCCAGAUCGGUUUAGUAACUCAAGAACCCCUUCUCUUCAACUGUACAAUAAAAGAGAAUAUCAUAUAUGGGUCAAAAGUCUGUGGCUGUAUCCCUUCAGAAUUUGAUAUGUAUAAUGCAACAAAAUUAGCUAAUAUACAUGAAUUUAUUUCAUCGUUGCCACAGGGUUAUGACACAAUAUGUGGGACACUCGGUACUCAGUUAUCAGGAGGUCAGAAGCAAAGAAUCGUAAUUGCAAGAGCUCUUAUUCGGAAUCCCAAAAUCCUACUUUUAGAUGAGGCAACUUCUGCUCUUGACUCCAAAAGUGAAGAGGUGGUCCAGCAAGCAUUAGAUCAAGCUCGAAUAGGGAGGACGACGAUUGUAAUCGCGCACAGGCUGUCGACAAUAAAAAAUGCAGAUGUGAUAGCUGUUCUGCACAAGGGGCAAAUUGUUGAAUUGGGAAAUCAUAAAGAUCUUUUGAAGAAGCAGGGGCUUUAUUUUAACUUAGUAAAACAUCAAGUGUAAAAGCAGUAAAGCACUUUGGAAUGUUUUGAUUGUUAGACAAUGUGUCUUUAAUAUAGUCGUUGCCGAUUAAUUUAUUAUUGUACAGAUUAUAUAAGCGUUAAAUUAUUUGUUAAUUUUUAUCCAAUUUCAUACAAUAAGAAUA